AUGGAAUACUAUUGGAAGUUCGCGGUCACGAAGCGGCCCUGUUGGAGCCACGAGGCCCACAAGUCGAUGGAUGUCGCGCUGAAAGCGGCUGACUUGCAACAGUUUUGGCUCGUCAACCUCAUCCGGCUGGACGUGAGGCAGGGGCCGCAUGACGACGAUGCGCGGUUGCACCAGGUUCGCGAGCACAUGGCACAUUACUUGAAGCGGACGCAGCACAAUAUGGCGCCCUUGUUCUCGGACCUCUGCGUCGAGAUUGCGGGCGGCUUCGAGCGCAAGGGCAUGGUCUUCGACCCCGCCGAGCCCUUGGACCAGCAGGUGUGA